ACAUUUGAUAGUUUGGCCGCGUAAGAUUAGUGAGACGGGAGAGAUUCCAUUAAUAGCUCUAUAAUUGAAAAUUGAAUGUAACUGUGAGAUUCAAGUUGCAAAGUGUUCUCUCCCAAUGGCUAAUCACCACCGACUUUUACGCGGCGGCGGAUCUCCGGCGAUUAACGGUGUCAAAAUCAGACUCACAGCUUUCGCUUCCACUAUCGCACUCUUCCUCUUCACUCUCUCCUUCUUCUUCGUUUCAGAUUCUAACGAUUCACCUGAUCUUCUUCUUCCCGGUGUAGAGUACUCUAAUGGAGUCGGAUCUAGAAGAUCCAUGUUGGAUAUUAAAUCGGAUCCGCUUAAGCCACGGUUGAUUCAGAUCUUAGAACAAAGCUUAUGA